AUGGCGAGAACACCUUAUUGUGACAAAAGUGGAAUGAGGAAAGGGACAUGGACAGCUGAGGAAGAUAGGAAAUUAAUAGCUUAUGUAACUAGAUAUGGUUGCUGGAAUUGGCGCCAACUCCCUAAGUUUGCAGGUCUUUCAAGAUGUGGAAAGAGUUGUAGAUUAAGGUGGUUGAAUUAUCUAAGGCCUAAUAUCAAAAGAGGGAACUUCACCGAACAAGAAGAGGAACUGAUUAUCCGAAUGCAUAAAAAUCUGGGCAAUAGAUGGUCAGUCAUUGCAGCUGAGUUACCUGGAAGAACAGAUAACGAAGUGAAGAACCAUUGGCAUACUUCUCUUAAGAAGAGAGUUAUACAUAACAAGAACACAAUCUCAAAUGAAGAAACCCUAGUUACCAAAUCUCCAGCGAGUUCCCAAAUCGCAGACAUCUCUGGCCCAUUAUCUCCAUUUUCUUCAUCCAGUGAAUUCUCUUCCACAGCUGAAGAUGAUUUUGGUUUUCUAGAUGCAUUUAUAGAAUCCAUGGAUGAAAGUUUUUGGUUGGACGAUCUUUCAAACACACCAAGUGAAAUAGUGCAAAACAAUAUUAAUGAUACAACCAAUAAUGAUGGUGUUUUAGUGUCUCACAAUCAUUCGUCCAAUGAAAGUUUUGUUCAUGGUAAUGACUUUAGCAGCUUUCUAGAUGCGUACACAGAGUCUACAGUUGAUAGUUUUUGGACGCACCCAUAUGAAGGUGACAUGUCCCAUGUUCCAGCGCAACUGACACCUUUGCCAAUGGAAUCUGAAUAUUUUUCAAUAGUAUAUGAUGAAGAUAUAUGGAGUUGA